AUGCGGAUUGACAAACCGAGGUUGGCUAAAAAGAGGCGUCCAGAGCGUGCUGUGUAUCGAAAGUCUGCUGGGUGUUCGGUCCGCCUGACUAACGGCGACUACGCGACCCCCUUCUUUCUCUUUCAAAAUCCAAAGAUUCGCAACCUCUUUGAGUUCCAUGUGGCAGAUUUGAAGCUGCCUUCACAGGGUUCGAUGAACCUCUCCUCUUGCUGCCUUCCGGGAACAUGGAUCCCUCCGGACCUCUGCUCUGCCCAGUGUCGCAUCCUGCUCGAAGUUGAUCUCCAACCCGCAGGCAAAAUGCCCAAUGCUACCACCGUCACCUCCACCACCACUUCAACCACUGCCAAGGCUUCAGUCUUCCGAACUGGUGUCGUUUUCACCAAUGGAAAACUCUACAACUCCACCCUGGACUUUUGUAUCAAUCUAUAUGCGAAAAUGGAGGCGAGUGAGCAACUGCCUUUCCGUUCCACAAUCUCCUCCGUAUUCAGUACACUCCUCUCACUUCCUCAACCCUCUACAGAUGCAAUACUUCUGACACGGUUACAACCGCUCCUCAUCAAGGGACGUCCUCGAAACGUGUGGACUACGCAGACCCUGCAAAGCGCUGCAGAACCAAACCCCCAUAUUCGUCUUACCCUCUCCUACCGCUUCGCCUGUCCCCCUGAUUAUUAUGGUGAGGCGUGCGAACGCUACUGUUCGCCUCGAGACUCCCUCCUGGGGCAUUACAAGUGUGAUCCAAAGGAUGGACGAAUUGUAUGUCUGCCUGGAUGGCGUGGCAGUCAGUGCAAUGAAGCUCUCUGCAAAAACGGCUGUCUCCAUGGCACCUGCGACUCGCCUGGAGUUUGCAAAUGUCGAGAAGGUUGGGAGGGCGAGGCCUGCAACCACUGCAUCCCCUUUCCAGGCUGUGGUCAUGGCACCUGCAAGUUCAACUGGACUCUUGGUCAGCACGAGCCCUUCACCUGUGAAUGCCAACCCGGCUGGAGUGGCAUGCUCUGUACAGUCGACACCCAGUUUUGCUCAAACCACCCUGACACCUGUCUAAACGAUGGAGUUUGUCACAAUACACCAACAGAGACUUCACCCGGUUACGCCUGUCAAUGUCCACUGGGUUAUGAGGGCUACCAUUGUGAGACUUCAAACCAAGACUGUCGAGUCCAUCGGUGCAGCGGCCAUGGCAUUUGUCAAACGAAUGGGAAUUGCGCUUGCUUUGACGGAUUCUACGGCUCAAAUUGUCAGUUUGACCAGACCGAGUGUUGGCAAAAUCCCUGUCAAGGCAAUAACUCUGUUUGCAUACCCGUUAAAAAUACCUCGGAAAGCGACCUUCAAUCAACCAAGGUGGCCAUCAACUUCCGUUGUGAAUGUCAGCCUGGACUGAGUGGCAUGAACUGCGAACGGAAGAUUCGUCGGUGUGAUGCACGGCCCUGCCUACAUGGCGGAAAGUGCGUGGAACUGGCUCAGGACAGUGAUGGCUAUCAAUGUGUCUGCCUGUCUGGUUACCGUGGCCGUCACUGUGAGCUCAACGACUCAGUAUGUCAGCAUCUGCCCUGUGCUAAUGGAGGUCAGUGUGUUGACCGCGCACACCACGUGGAAUGUCGUUGUCCUCUGGGAUGGACGGGUCCCACAUGCCGUCAGAAUGUAAACGAGUGUACUACACCCAUCUGUAAGAAUGGUGCAGCCUGCCGUGACCGUCCUGGCACCUACGAGUGUCUCUGUACUCCCGGCUGGACCGGUCGUAAUUGCAAUGUUCCUGUCCACAACGCUACUCUUGUCACCUUUUCCUCCUCCUCCUCCUCCCCUCCGCCUCCUUCCUCACCGACCUGUACCUCUGCAUGCGGUGAAGAGGAUAAUGAAAUCAUCUGGCCAAACACUUUCGUUAUCAUUCGUUGUGCUGUCGUUGCUUCCAUCAUCGUUCUCGUUUCCCUCCUCAUCUUCACUUCUCUCCUCUUUCUGCGGCGUCGAAAAAUCUGGUGGCACAAAAAAUCCUUAUUUGAGGAGCUACAGAGACCUGUUCCACCAACUCAACCUGGUUCUGUCUACUGGAAUUCCAGUGCAAUGCCAGAACCGCUGUUGAUUUGUACCUCAGGAGAUACCCUGACAAGGCAUAAAACACUCUUCAGUGAGGCACCGAAGACAAUAGCGCCCGGGAAGGAAAGGCUCUGUGCCGGAAAGCCCCUUAUCUACGACCUGGCAGCGCCGUCGCCAAUGAUCACCUCACAGCACAUUGUUCCUCUGUGCGGACCCUCGGUGCACCACCACGCUAUUGUGUAUGCGUGUCAGACACCGCCGCCGCCGCCUUACGAGGAUUUGGUCCAGGGCAAGGUGGAGACUGGGAAAAAGGACUCCAGUCAGUCAUAG